AUGCGUGCUUUCGGUUUAAUCGUUCAAAUAUCUUUGCUCUGUUGCCCGGCAUUAACGGUUUUUGAAUUUCGGUUUGGAAGAUACUAAUAUCAGUUCACAUUUCAGAAAAAUGCGGAGAUGUCGGAGGAAUUCGAGCAAUAUCGGGAGUGUUUGGAAAGAACUGAAAGAGAAAUCGGAGAGGAACAGAGAAUAAAAGUGAGACCGUUUCAAGGAUUCGCGUUCCGUGAGAACAUGUUUGAAGGUAGUUCAUGCCGUCCGGGGAGCUGAUGUCAUUCUUCCCUGUUUCACGUGGUAACAGUACGGAGGUAAAGUAUAGAACAGAUUCGAAGUUGCAGUGUUUCCCCGGAAGACGGAGUCGAAAUCGACUCGACAUACAAGCCGUCGGCCGGAACUGUUGGACGUUCAAUGCACUCAAUUGUCGACUUUUUCAAAGAGGUUUUGUAUCAAGAAUCAGGAAUGGGAUAACAUUUUUCUCCGUAGAAGUUCAUGAGAUCCUCCUUCUCGAUGCCUGAUAAGAAUCGGUGGAAGUUUGAUUGGGAGUUCGCCAAGAUGGGGAGGAUGUUCGUGCCUUUGUCGAGCAUGCACUUCUCCUCUUCUGAAUCCAUCUCCGACCGUAUUCGGAGAUUUACUUCCAGAGAUGAAGCCGACUUCAAAUUGGGAGAUCGUUACGAGCUGGUGCUGAAAAGUGUGGACGCGAACAGUACGGGACACUACCGAUGCAUGAACAGACACGGAAGGAACGUCAUCUCCAACAUGUACUUCCUGGAAGUGUCCAAUUCGAAAAAGAUUUUGGCGGUGAGAAGGAUGUUGUCCAGUCUGUGAUUGAAGAGAAUUUUAGAUGAACGGUUCGAUCGGAGUGGAUAAACUUCCCGCAACUUCUCUGAAAAGCGGAAAGUUCGAGAAGGAGAGACUGAAAUUCGAAGUGAAAGCAAGCGAAUGGAGUAAAUGCAGCUACUGCUCUUCGGAUCGGGGAGAACAAACGAGGCACAUCAAGUGUUAUCUACAGGUUCUCCUUUACUUUCUCAAUGUUUCUCAUGGCUCGGUUCCAGCCAUCUGUCAAUUUCGCCUCCCAAAUGAAAGAGUAUCGGUACAUGAAUCUGUACGACAAGAUUUCCUGUUCCUCGUCCCUCGUCCCAUUGAAAUUGAGGAAGCAAUUGAAGGAAAUGGGGAAUGACAAGGUGAUUCUGGAGACUCGUCCGUGCUUCGAACAGUGUACAUCGAACGAGGAGCUCGGUCGAAUCGUGAACUCUUCGCAAGAUUUGGGAGACAUCCGAACUCUCGAUUACUUGCCCGGCGGAGAAUUCGUGUUCGGAAAUAUAUUGCCACGUCUGCUGCCUCCAGUUGUCCGACGAGUUCAUGUGAGUACUCCUCUUUUGACGUCUGUCAAAAAGUGAGCAUUUCAGCUGGUGCUCGAGAACGAUCCUCAAGUGCUUUCAUGUCAGAAACUAAUCGAUUUGAAUGCUGGCGUCCACUGGUACAGUCUAAAACACGGACCGAUUCAGCACACGAACAUCGAGCAGAUUUACCCCGAUCGCGCGUAUUUCGACGAGGAAACGAACCUAGUGUUCCGUCAAUUUACAUUGGAAGAAGACGAUGAAUACUUGUGAGUCUACUAUAUUCCCAGUCCCUCGAAGUUGGUUCCAAAUUCCAGUUGCUACUCAUCCAACAACGUUCUGCUGGGCACUUUCCACAUGCGAGUGGUCGAGAACGAUCAACAUCACCAGAUCAUUGAAGUCGUCCGAAUUUUCGUCAAAUUCAGUGCAUUCAUUCUCAUUUUUGCCCUUGUUGCCAGUCAACUCUACCGCUAA